ACACAACUCACAAACAUGUCUCUGGAACGUCAAGUCCGCGCUAAGCUCGCUGCCAAGCGUGACCCUGAAAGGGAAAAGGAGGCUCAAGAAUGGAUUGAAGGCGUCCUCGGAGCUAAAUUCCCACCUGGUGAAAUAUUCGAGGAUGUGCUUAAGGACGGAACUGUCCUUUGCCAGCUCAUCAACAAGCUGAAACCUGGAUCUGUGGGCAAGAUCAACACAUCUGGUGGACAGUUCAAGAUGAUGGAAAACAUCACCAACUUCCAAUCUGCUAUUAAAGCAUAUGGUGUCCCUGACAUCGACGUAUUCCAAACUGUAGACCUUUGGGAGAAGAAGGACAUCGCUCAGGUCGUCAGCACACUCUUCGCUCUUGGUCGCGAGACCUACAGGCACCCUGAAUGGAACGGCCCAUACCUUGGCCCCAAGCCUUCCGAAGAAUGCAAGCGUGACUUCUCUGAAGAAGUCUUGAAGGCUGGACAAACUGUUAUCGGUCUACAGGCUGGUUCCAACAAGGGUGCUACACAGGCUGGACAGAACCUCGGUGCUGGCCGCAAGAUCCUCCUCGGCAAGUGAAAACCUCGUCUCACCACCCUUCAAAGUGAUAUUAAUUUUAAGUUAUUUUUUUAUUAAACUGUGUGCACACGGACGCUAUGGUAAGACUUGCGAGCUUCUCGUAUACAUCUAGUCAUGUGUGAUGUGUAAGAUUGUGUGUUCUCUUGCUUAUCAAGAAAACCUUAAUAAAUUACCCGUAGCUGUAAUACCUAGCUGGUAUAAUCUUAUACUGUCAUGUAGCACCAAGAUGGUUUUACACCUAGGAUAAGAAAUUAUAUUUAUUUCCAUUUUAUUAUAGCCUUUUUAUAAUAAAAAAAUAUUCUUA